AUGUGUAUAUUGUGUGUUAUUCAAAAGUGGUCUCGCCGGGUUGCAACGAUGCUGCCUUGGUUGGUUUUACCGUUGAUUGGACUAUGGGCUCUCUCUCAGCUUCUUCCACCAGCUUUUCGUUUCGAAAUAACUUCUCCGAGGCUAGCUUGUGUAUUCGUGCUUCUGGUUACUUUGUUCUGGUACGAGGUCUUGAUGCCUCAGCUCUCUACUUGGCGUGUGCGGAGAAAUGCUCGUCUCAGGGAGAGAAAGCGUUUGGAAGCUAUGGAGCUGCAAAAGCUUAAGAAAACUGCUACACGGCGUUGCCGUAACUGCUCAACGCCUUACCGUGACCAAAACCCAGGUGGUGGACGGUUUAUGUGCUCAUAUUGUGGCCACAUAUCAAAGAGGCCUGUUUUAGACAUGCCUGUGCCUCCAGGGUUGGGGCUUUCUGGUUCUGGAAUUUUGAAGGAUCUCGUUGGAAGAGGUGGUAAGAUGUUGAAUGGGAAAGGAUGGAAUGAGAAUGGAUGGAUGCACGGGCAAGAAUGGUCAGAAAACAGCACAUGGAGUAGCGAGUCAACCUAUUGGCGGAAUGAUAGUGGUAGUACGUUUGGAGAAGAUGAGAAUUGUUUGGUGGAGAAAUCGUAUCCUGGUGGCGUUGUUUUUGCUUGCAGACUCCUUACUUCGUUUUUUAUGAGCAUUAGGUGGCUUUGGAGAAAAGUUUUUAGCUUUAGCUCUUCGGUUGAUGAGUCGUCGACUGAUGCUGACCAGAGACGACUACUGUCUAGGCAGGGUGAGAAUGGGACCAGCUAUCAUGAGAGUAGGGUUGAGAAAGCACGCAGAAAAGCUGAGGAGAAAAGGCAAGCUAGGCUGGAAAAGGAGCAUUUGGAGGAAGAAGAGAGAAAACAACGAGAGGAAGUCGCGAGGCUAGUGGAGGAGCGGAGGAAGUUGAGAGAUGAGAAAAUUGAAGCCGAGAAAUGCAUCAAAUCGUCGCCUGCUUUCAAGGAAAAGGAUACGAAAAAGGAGGCGGAAAAGAAGCGCCAGGAGAGGAAGAAAGAAAGAGACAAGGCCUCUAGUAAGAGCAAUUCCGAUGCGGAGGAGCUUGACAAGAGAGUAGGAAAGGAAACUGAGCAUAAGCGUGAGCUUGAUAAGAAUAAUCAUUCGGAACAUCAGAGGCAUGCGUCUGAUAAUUCCAGGAGCCCCAUGGAAAGGAGAUAUGGGCAUGGGGUAGAUAAUAAUGCUACUAGUAACAGUAGCGUGACGGGAGCUGGCGGUAGGUACUUUGAUCGAGUGAAGGGUACGCUUUUCUCUUCUUCUAAGGCUUUUACAGAUAACCGGUUCUUUGGAAGAGGUGUCAAUAUGUCUGCUACAACUGCAAAAGAGAAUAAACCCAUCGGCUCUGCAGACCAUUCUCAUGCAUCUGCUCAUACUAGGCAUAUUAAUCCUCCUGAAUUUGUACCUGGAAAAUCUGCUUCAAGUGGAGGGGAAAGGAAUACUAAUCGUCCUGUUGUUUCUGAGCCGCAACCAAGUGGAGAACCUAAAAAAUCAUGGCAGCAACUCUUCGCCCGUACGCCUUCUGUGCCUGCUUCCUCCAAUGUUAAUGUUAUAAGUCGACCUAAUACGAAGCCCAAAACCGUUCAGAAUUCAGAGGUUCCUAGUCAAGAUCACUCAGUACGAACCUUUGACAAUCCAAUCAGUUUUGGGCUCCCAUCACCAUUCACCAUACCAGCAUACUCCAGCGGAUCAACUAUCAGUAGCUUAGGUUUCUCAUCUGCAAGAGAUGUUGUUCUCCCUCAGCCCGGGGAAAAUUCUCGUACAUUUAUGCCCGAAGAAGAGCAUUUUGAAGAUCCGUGUUAUGUUCCGGAUCCAAUAUCUCUACUCGGACCUAUUUCAGAAUCACUUGAUCUAAGAGCUGAGUUUGAAACUGGUGUAGGACUGGAAAAGCCCCACUUGUUGAAGAAUACAGCAUUUUGUGAAGCCAAUAAGCCAUCUCCGAUCGAGUCUCCCUUGUCAAGAUUACGAGUUGCAGAUGAAAAACAAGUUAAUGAUGGAAGCUGGCAGAUGUGGAAGACCACCUUUGGCCAAGACCUCCUUUUGCCUUCAAAUAAUACUGAGAAUGCUUUGAAUCAUGUGGCUCAUAAUAGGACGUCAUCAUUAUUUGCAAAAGAUGACCCUAUUCACAGUAGUUAUUCACACAGGAAGGAAAAUGAUCAGAGAAGUGGCACGUUCAGCCCCGUUGCUGGUCCAAGCAACCAUGAUCCUUGGUCACAGAAAAUGUUCCUCCCAGCAUCAUCCGGCACAGAGAGUCUUUUGUCGCUAAGUCGACCAGAAGAACCAGGCCCGAAUAAUGUUUCAUACAUGAGUCCAACUGGGUUGGCUCCAGAGAAUCCAUUCGAACACCCUUCUCCGAAUCACUGGCUCAAGGACAAGGUAGAAAUAGCAGCUUAUGCCUGUAACAUGCUUAGAAUGGAAAGUGAAGAAGACUGGGGAUGGGACUGGUAG